CCAACCAUCGUCCAUCUCUCCCCCUCCCCCCCGCUUAAAACCUCGACUCCGACCGAACCCACCAGGCCAUCCUCCACCCCACCGCGCCACGCCACGCGCGCCGCCGUCGACUGCGCGGCCGCACUCGAUCUCCCACUGCUAGCAGCGCAUCGGCGCGUGGCCGACCGAUUGGAGUGCAGGCAUGGAGAAGAAGCUGGCGCUGGGGCAUGGGGGGGAGGGGGUGUGGGCGCGGCCAUGGCGGUGGGCCAAGACGGCCUUCUUCCUCGUCUCCAUGCUCGCCUCGCUGCUCCUCGUCUGCGCGCCGCCGCUCCUCGUCGUCCUCCUCGACCUGCUCCUCCCGCCCGCGCUCCUCUCCAGCUUCUUACGCGCCGGCCACGCCGCCGCCUCCGCGCACACCCUCCUCGACCAGGCCAGGGCCUUCCACUUCCGCUCCUCCCUCCUCGACCUCCCCGCCGUCUCGGCCGCCCGCUCCCUCCUCAUCCUCUGCGCGUACACGGCGUGCGGGGGCGGCGCGGCCUACCUGUGGGUGGCGGCGGCGUGCAGCGUCGGCUCCCUCUUCUACGUCCUCGCCAAGGCCGUCGCGGUCUUCGGCGUCGCCGCCGACGGCGCCGCUGGGCUCGACCUGCACGGCAAGGGCCAGGCCCUCGCCGUCGAGGCCAUGUUCCUCAUGUCGCUCGCGCUCGCCGCCGCGCACCUCGCCAUGGCGUACCGGGCGAGCAGCCGCGAGAAGCGCCGCCUCCACGUCGUCUACAGGAUCGACAUCGAAGCGGUCAGUCCCCGCUCCCCCUGCCCCUCAUCUCCUCCAUGCCUCUCUCGUCUCCGCCGCCCAUACCAAUUUCUCCAUCGCGUCGCAUCCAACACCAUCGCCAUGAUCAAUCUGUCUCUCACUAGCAGUCAGCGCCACACACGCCAAACAAAACAACAACCAAUUUCGCGUUAUAUUAGUUGCCAAAAUUCAGAUGAACUCGAGUUAGGAAAGAAUUCAAGAUUCUGUAGCACUUCUUUGGGGGGAUUGUAUAAUUCUCGUUCCCAGCUGAUCGAAUUUUGUGUGCAACGCGCCAGCAGCGUUAGUGUAAUCCGAGGUGCGCCAUGGAAUCUACUUCUCGUUCCCAGCCGGCACAACUGUAUCAAGCAACGCCACAGCUUGUGCAACGGGGGGAUAGGAGGACCCAGCAAUUUUCUGAAUUCAUAAACCCGUCGUCACUUAUCAGACAUCGACCUGAACCUGAAUUAGUCUACUUGUGUCUGCUACCCAGUGCACACUAAAUUAACCCAACUGGUAAGUGCUGCACCACAUUAGCUGUGCCAUCAAGCUUUUGAUUUGAUUACUGGAGUAGUUUGGUUGCUCCUGGCUAGCCGACUCCGGGUGCUCCAAGGACAGAGAGGGAGUCAAAUUCAAACAGCGCCAACCCUGCUCAAAAUCCGCACGAAAAACCCGGACGGAGACACGGUCCAACAACAGCUUGCGAGACGCAGUUUCUCCGCACGUCGACGGUGCCAUGGUCGACCCGUCAGGACGGUAGACGCCGACUUCUAGAGAUAUCUGGAUGGUCGCUGCAGCCAUCCGUUGCUGUUGCACAAUGGGCUAAGAAUGACAUCACAACCGCAACAAAAACUGGGAUGCGUCACUGUCGCGCAGUGGCCUGAUGAAGCUCCUUUGCUUUCGUCGGAAAAACAGCUCGAUCGAUGGUUGUUUUGGCGUGAUCUUCCUAGCUGAAGAAGAAUCUCUUCGACUUUGUCAAAUCUUGUUUAGCUGUCGUGAAAGCGCACAAAUGUUACAACUGUUUUAUUACUGCCGCGAUCCGCUAGUUCAUAUUCCUUUGUUUUGGGUGGUUAAUUUUAACUCUGUUCGGUUUGUUCUUGUCUUGCAGGUGAGGCUAAAGGGAACCCACACGCCCAAGUCGCUGAAGCAAUGCAUUGUAUGACACCCGAUCCAUCCUCUACACGGAUGGAAACGGGCUCCGAAGAGGCGGCGCGACUCUCUCUCUCUCUCUCUCUCUCUGCUUCCUCCUCAGGUCCCAAAUUUUGGCUCGAGCAGUAGUAGUAGCUUGUGUACACUCGGACACCACACGCCAUGUGUAUAUGUUCGCCCGCACCGACGUCUCUCCCUCCCUCCCAAGGGGACAUAGUGUGGAGCUCAGCUGUAAAUAUGGUGGAACAUUUGUGCUUCGGCCUCCUGCAACAUAGGAUGAGCCGCGCGGCAGAUGCGAUUGCUGUUUUGUCA